AUGGAUGUUGGGAUGUUGCAUCAAGGUUUGAUUGAUGUUCGUUUGAUUCGAGAGCGUUCGAUUUUGUCGUAUGAUGCCUCCGAGGUUGUUCCACGAGGGUCGACUCAGUCUUGUCCUAGCUCACCCGAGUUUGAUUCUAGUGUGGAUGAUUUAGCUUCUCCGAAGAAUCAACCAGGAGCAGAUGAUGUAUGUGAGUCUAAAGUUGGGGCUGAUCUUUUGGACAUCUUUCGUAGAAAGGAAGAAACAUUAGCUCUAGAUGCACGAUUUGGAGAUAGCAAACUAAACCUUGUCUCGCCCUCACUGUCACCAUUAAUCCCAUCUCCAUCUCGUGUCAAAGGAGGAGGUUGUGGUCGAGUAAAGUUUGGGAUUAAAUCUGCAGCUGUUAGAGUAGAAGGAUUCGAUUGCUUAGACAGGGACCGCCAAAACUCAAGCAUACCUGCCAUGGCUUAGGAACGCCAAAACUCAAGCAUACCCACAGGUUUUGUUAUUUAUCCCUUCAAGUAGUUGUUUUCAUUUUUUUGUGGAUUGUGAAUGAUCUUUAUAACUUUCUUUGAUCCUGCCGUUAAACGAACACUCAACGUUUUGAACUCGUCUACCAAUUUUUAUUUAUGCUUUUCUUCCAUAUUUGUUUAAAAUUUAUAAUUAUAAAUUUGUAUUUCUAUUUUUAAUAUGUUUUUAUGUCACAUUUGUUUAAAUUAUAUGAAAUCCAAUAAUUUAUAAA